AUGAAUCGCGACGGCCAGUACGAGGCUGAUGACGACGAUGAGGAUGAAGAAGAAGACGACAUGGGUGAAGAUCUCGAAGAGUUAAGACGUGCCUGUAUGGUCUCAAACGCCAAUUCCGAUGAAGCUAUCGCAAAAACCGGUUCCGCUAGACCGGAUGGAGGCGGCGGCGGAGGGGUACCGUCGGAUUCGGAGAACGAAGACGACUUGGAGAUGCUUCGGAGCAUUAAGAGCCAAUUAGCACCGUCGAAAGAUACGAGCGGUGGUUGUCCUCCUCCCAUGGGUUUAUCAAUGCUCUCGGAUUCGGAGAGUGAAGACGACGACUUGGAGAUGCUUCAGAGCAUUAAGAGCCAAUUGUCAUUGUCGUUGGAUGCUUACGUUCCUCCCCUGAGUUUAUCCGACGACGACGAAGAUGACGCUUUAGAAACCCUUCGCGCUAUUCGUAGAAGAUUCUCUGCUUAUGAAAAUUCCGAUCCGGAAGGAAAUUUCAUGAAUGAAUCUACCGGGAAGAAAAAGCAGGUACAUGCCUCGGAUAAUGAACCUUCAAGCGAAAUAUUGAGUAGAUCUAACACUUGUGAAAGCUUUCCAGAUCACGGCACUUUACACGAAAACACUGCCACUGAGCCUCUUGACCAGCUGGAGACAUGCCAAUUGUCUCUUCUUCCAGCUGCGAGUUCAAGUUUCCCUGAAUCCGCACAGGCCUUUGUUGAUGCGAUCCGUAGGAACAGGUCGUACCAGAAAUUCCUGCGGAGGAAACUGAGCGAUGUUGAGGCAAUGAUCGUGCAGAACGAGAAGCACAAGAAGAACGUUAAGAUUGUGCAAGAUUUCCAGGCUUCUUGCAAGAGAAUAACUAAACAGGCACUUUCUCAGAGGAGAGAUCCUCGUAUGGAGUUGAUCUCAGUACGAAAAUCUCGGCCUUCUGAUAGCUCCUUGGAGGGUAAUGAUAAAAAGAUAUCUCCCUUGACGUUGGGUCCAGAGGAAAACGCUUGGGUUGCAAAUUAUAGAAUGGCACUAGAGGAAUAUCCAGUUUCUGUGGAUCGCAGAAACUGGUCUGCUGAGGAGAACCAAAAUCUUGCAAAAGGCCUUAAACAAGUAGUUCAAGAAACACUGCUUUUUGAAGCUAUUGAACGUUCCAGUGACUUGGAAGGAUCUACAGAGGAUAUAGACACCAUAAACGAAUCAAUCAGAAAUCUUGAGAUCACACCGGAGAUGAUUAGGCAGUUUCUUCCGAAGGUUAAUUGGGAUCAGCUGGCGUCCACAUAUAUGAAGGACCGUUCUCCUGCAGAAUGUGAAGCUCGGUGGAUGAGCUCGGAAGAUCCAUUGAUUAACCACUGUCCGUGGACUGCAGAAGAGGACAAUAACCUACGCUUAAUUAUCGAAGAAAAGGGUUUCACAGACUGGCUUGACAUUGCGGUAUCACUAGGGACAAAUAGGACCCCGUUUCAAUGUCUGGCUCGAUAUCAGAGAAGCCUGAAUGCAGACGUAUUGAGAAAAGAAUGGACUAAAGAGGAAGAUGACCAACUCCGUGCCGCGGUUGACUUUUAUGGCGAAAAAGACUGGCAAUCUGUUGCCAAUGCAUUAGAAGGAAGAACUGGAACUCAGUGCUCGAAUAGAUGGAAAAAAACGCUUCACCCUACGAGGCAAAAGGUAGGGAAAUGGAGCUCAGAGGAAGACAAACGUGUGAAAGUAGCUGUGACACUCUUUGGAGCUAAAAGCUGGCACAAAAUUGCUCAGUUUGUUCCUGGACGGACACAGGUUCAGUGUCGAGAGAGAUGGGUAAAUUCUUUAGACCCCAGAGUAAACCGUGGGAAGUGGACCAAGGAAGAAGAUGCAAAGUUGAGAGAAGCAAUUAAAGAACAUGGAUACAGUAGCUGGUCCAAAGUCGCUUCAGAUCUGUCUUGUCGUACUGACAGUCAGUGCCGGAGGAGAUGGAUGAGUUUAUAUCCUGAACAAGUGCAGCUUAUACAAGAAGCUACAAGGUCACGAAAAGAAGCUGUUGUAGGUAACUUUGUUGAUCGGGAAUCAGAGCGUCCUGCUCUUGUCGCUGGCGAUCCUUUGGCACUACCUGAGAUACCUCUUGAGCAAGAUCUUGAAAUUGUAGCCCCUAAGAAACGCAAAGCAAGACAGAAGAAGUCAGAUGCUGAAUGCGAGAGCGAAGUAUCUUCUGCCGCUACAGAGAGACAACCAAAGAGGCGGAGAAAAGGAUCAGAGAAAUGCUCGGAAAAUGUAAGUAGACGAGAGAAUGCGUCUGUCUGUGAAAUUGAUGAAAACAGUGGAGACGAGAUAAGGCUUUUGGAUUGGUAUAAUGAGAACCAAGACGGUUCCAAGGAGAAGCAGAAACGAAGACGACGACCCAAUUCCAAAAGUGUUGCAGAAACAACAUCUAACAGCAGCACUUUGACCACCAAUUGCUCUCAAGCCGAAGCUGGUGGUAUCAAGAAACUCAAGCCUAGGAGGAAAGUGUCUGCAGUAGUUCCUAUGGAGACCCAAGGUGCACCAAAUUAG